CGUUUCAUUUGCUCGCCUCCUCUCGUCUGUUAGUGAAAAAAACUAAAGUAAAAAUAUAUUUUAUUUGCAAAAAAAUUAUUAUACAUAAUUUAUUAAAUUAAACAUUUUAAAAUGAAACAAACUGCAGUUGGUGGCUAAUACAGCAUAAAUAAUAGGCAAAAAGAAAUUGAAAUAAACACGAAAACAAAAACGUAUACGACGAAGAAAAAAAUAAUCGAAUUAUUUAUAAUCGACCACAGAAAAACAAACAAGUCUUUUGCAAAGAAUCGAAGAAAUUUGUGAAAAAAUUUUGAAAACACAACAACAAUAAACGUUGUCAACGUUAUAAAACGUUUAAAGUGAUUGAGCGAGUGUGUAGUUCAUGAGUGUGCGUAUGUCUCAUUGUGGAUUUUUUUAAAUAAAUCACAUAUAAAUUAUUGUAUUAAAAAAAAAAAAACAAUUUAAAACUUUUAUAAAAUAUACAUAUAAAAAAAUUAAUACUACAAAUAUAUAAUACAAAUUAAGCUCAAAUGAGCAGAAAUAUGCGACCACCACAGGAAGGAGGUCAGUCAGCACCUCCUACCAUGCGGCCAAAACUUAAUGCAUCUAGUUCUCUGCUGACACCAGAUGAAAAUGAGGCUGUCUUUCGUAUGUUGGGGCGUAAAUGUCAGACUCUUAAUACAGCUGUGGUACAAAUAUAUAAAACUGAAGCUUCAGCUCAUUCACAUUGGAAGAAAAAAUACACUGGUGUCGUUUGUUUCGUUAAGGACAGUGCUAUACGUUCCUAUUUUCUACGUGCUUAUUGUCUAAUUAAACAUGAAUUAAUUUGGGAGCACGAGCUGUAUGAUGAAAUGAAAAUUAAUAAAGCUCGUCCAUUUCUAAUAACAUUUGAGGGACAGGAUGGUCAUGUGGGUUUAAAUUUUGUUUCCGAAGAGGAAUGUGAUUCGUUUUAUCGUGCUGUAGAUACAACAAUUGAGACUAGAAAUCGUAAAAAAUUAGAAAAACGCAAUAAACGCAAAUCCCAAAUGGCACCCUCAGCACCACUCGCGCCGCUGCCCAAAGAGCCCGACUACAACAGUGUACAGCUGCGUAAUAAUUCAAAAAUUGGUACUGUCAAUUUUACGCCCGCCGCGCCCAUGCCACAACCGCAGCAAGCACCACCAAAAAAAUUCCUCUCGUCAUUAUCGUCUUCCAAUAAUAAAAAUAAAAAAUCAAAAGUCAAUAAAUGUGAUAUUGGAGCACCGACCAACUUUCGUCAUGUCAGUCAUGUGGGUUGGGACGCUGAUAAGGGUUUCGAUUUGACGGGCAAUGAAAACGAUGAAGUACUCUCGCAAUUCUUUCAAAAGGCUGGUGUAUCGAAACAUCAACUAAAUGAUCGAGAUACGAGGGCAUUUAUAUAUGAUUUCAUACAAAGCAAUAAUGUGCUGGGCACGGUGAAACAGGAAAGUGUUGAACAGCCGCUAAAGACAACAUCACCACCACCGCCACGUGUGACACCUCAAGUACCGACCAGACAUCAACAUCAUCAUGCUCAAAAUGGCAAUUCAACCAGUAAUACUACAAUAACAACCCAAAGAUCAGCACCACCACCGCCUCCACCAGCUAGACAGCCACCACCACCAGUACCUACAACUGUGCCUGGUUUAUCGAGGGCACCAGCGCCUCCCACAAGGCCACCACCCAUAAAUACAGCACCACCACCUCCACCAGCUCCCAUUAUGACAGCACCGCCACCACCUCCUCCACCACCAGCAGCCGGUAUACCGCCACCGCCUCCUCCUCCACCUCCCAUGGCUGGACCUGGUGAUAUACCCUCAAUUACCACGACAUAUGCUGCAACAGAAACUAAAGCACCCUCUAGCUUACCACCGGUUCCUGAUUCACGUAAUGAAUUCUUGGAGAGUAUACGUAAGGGAGUGCAACUUAAGAAAGUCGACACCUCAGCUCUUAGUACGGGCAGCGGUGAUUCUCGCAGUGAACUCAUGUCCGAAAUACGUAUGGGCAUUGAAUUGCGACCAGCCAAUCAACGUGAAUUAUCCACAAAUCGUGCUAGUGAUGAAAUAUCCGGUACAGAUGCUUUAGCUGAUGCUUUACGCAGAGCCCUGCAAGAUCGUGUACGCGUCUUGCAAUCAUCAGACGAUGAAUCAGAAUCAUCGGGCAACGAUGACGAAUGGGAAGAUUAAAUUUAGCCGGCAAUAUACGACGAGUAUGUAUAUGUAUAUCUAGUAUGUAUGAAUGUAUGUUGUAACUAAAUGUAUGUUUGAACGAAUGAUAGAAUGAAUGAUGACUGUAUGUAUAAAUGGUGGAUUUAUUUUAUAUAAAUUGUAUACCAAUGAUAACAAAACUACUACGGCUUUAAUGAUACGUUGUAUGUGGACACGGGUACUACUAUUGAACAUUUCAUGUCAUGUCAUUUUAAUAUGUUGAACUUUUACAAGCAAGUUUUGUAUUAGUAAAACAAACAUUAGUUUUAUUUCUAAUUUAAAUGUAAUAAUUUAUAUAAUGCAUUUGAUUUAAAGAUCUUUAGUUAAAAAAAAGAAAUUUAUUUCAUACAACAGUUUAUUCUAUUCUAUUUUAUUUUAUUUAAUAAGGCCUAAAGCAAUCUUAGCUAAUGUAAA